AUGAUAACAAAUUUAUUUUCAGUUUUUGAUCCUACUUCAAGCCUGAUAAAUAUCCCUCUUAAUUGAUUAUCUACAUUCCUAGGUGUAAUAUUUUUACCUAUAAUGUAUUGAAUUAUACCUUCUCGAUGAUCAUUACUAUGAAAUUUAAUCACGAGUACACUUCAUAAAGAAUUUAAAAUUUUAUUAGGGUCAUCACAUACGGGUUCAACUCUUAUAUUUGUAAGACUUUUUACUUUUAUUGUAUUUAAUAAUUUUUUAGGUUUACUGCCUUACGUAUUUACUAGAACAAGACACCUAAUCAUAACCCUCGCUCUUGCAUUACCUUUAUGGUUAGCUUUCAUAAUAUUUGGGUGGAUUAAUCAUACACAACAUAUAUUUGCUCACCUUGUACCACAAGGAACGCCAGAUGCCCUUAUACCUUUUAUAGUUUUAAUCGAAACUAUUAGAAAUGUUAUCCGACCAGGGACCUUAGCUGUUCGAUUAGCAGCCAAUAUAAUUGCAGGUCAUUUAUUACUUACUCUCUUAGGAAAUACUGGUCCAUCCUUAUCAACUACCUUAGUUUUUUUGCUUAUUAUAACACAAAUUUUACUGUUAAUUUUAGAAGCUGCUGUAGCAGUAAUUCAAUCAUAUGUUUUUGCCGUUUUAAGAACUCUUUAUGCCAGUGAAGUAGUAUAA